AGUGAUUUGUAAUCAUUUUCGCCAUUCAUUGCGCUCAGCGGCAUGAGAUGAUCGACUCGUGUCGUGGAUCACGGUGGACUGGAGGAACGAACAGAACGAUACUGUCUAAAUGUGGUGAAAAGGAGAGCUACUACACUACUGAAGUAGAGAGAAACCAGAAUCCCAACUGGCCGAAUAAGCGCUACCGAUAGAUUUACGGGCUGCCUUCCUUGGCAUUCCUUGCUGGGAGCGCUGGAGACGCUAACAGCUAGGAAAGAUGCUGUCCGAGGUAUGGGAGUUCGUCAGCGAGACAUUUUACUACAUCUACUCUGCUGCAGUGUUCGGAAUAUUCUCCGUGCUCCUGGCUACGCUUGGCUUAUUCGCUCUCUACAAACUAGUCGGUUUCCAGAGUGUCGGAGCGGCGGGUGUCACCCUUGUCAAAGACUUCUAUACGACGGUGAAUGAGAAGCGAAGGAGGCUUCGGAUUUUCUCCAAGCCCGGUGGUGCAACGUACGCAGAGUGCUGGGACAAGGUGAACUUACAGCCUCUCCUCCUUAUAGAAUGGCUGCACGCGAACUGCCCAGACCACUGGCACACGUGGGUGGCCAAAGCUGUCAGGAAGGAGCUAAAUGAACUUCUGAUCAAGCAAUCAGCGGAGAAAAAGGUUGCAUGGAAGAUCAGUCUGGACGGAAUGAGUAGUGGCUCAUGCAUGCCCGCUGUCAACGAUACACAGCUUCGCUACGAAGGAAACUCCCGAGAUACACUGGUGAUCACUGCUGAGCUCAACCUGUGGAGUUUGGAUGGUGUUGCACCACUGGUGUUUCUCUGCACAUGUAUGGGUCAGUACAAGGGUAGUGUCAGCCAAGUCCAGGCCGGUGUCACCGUGCGCAAGCUGCAAAUGAAGGUCCAGCUGAGAAUAUCGCCCUACAAGCCCCUGGAUAGUAAGGCAGGCAGCGUUCCAAGGUUUUCGUAUGAACUGACAACUGUGAAGCUGCACGCGCUCAGCACCACACCGCAACUCCUUAGUGGAGCCCUGCUGCACAAGAAUGAGGAAGUAAAGCUGAAGGCGUUCCUCACGUCCGCCUUCGAAAAGGUGCUUGAGCUGUGUAAUGUCAAGCUGGUGCCGCCACAGCCAGAAUCGUCUAGGUAUUCAAACCAAUUGUUGGAAGAGCAGCUGGCUAGCCUGUCCAAGGUGCGGCCGCUCUCUCGCUCACAAACAUCCCUGAACCAGCAACCGAUUGGCGGUGGGAUGUCUCUAGACCUCCUUCCCAAGCAACUAGUCGUGGAAGUGGUUGAAGGACAUCGUCUCUGUCGGAAAGGAAAAGGUAUGUAGAGCUGAUCCUCACUU